AUGCCACAUAACAACCACGCACACAACCACUUCGCCGCUCUCGUCGUGCCGGACCACAACCAGUCCUUCCAGCAGCCCCACCCCGCCGCACAGGCCCAGCACCUCUUCGACGCGAGGGACCAUCACCCCCAUUCCCCAGUCUUCUCCAUUCAUCACGACGAACACUCCGCCCAGUCCCAGCCGCAUACCGCCCACUCCAAUUCCUCCCCGAGGAACUCCCACACCGCCACUACACAUCACAUGAAUCGCAAGCCGAAGAGGUCGCCCCAUCAGAGACAAAUCCCACACCCCAUCGUUGGCCAUCUCCGCCAGCAGCAGCAACAGCAGCAGCAGCAGCAGCAACAACAGCAACGGCAACAACAGCAACAGAAUCAGCACCAUCAUCAACAGCAGCAGUCCCCUCAACAGCACCAACAGCAACAGCCACAGCUGCACGUGCACCAUCCGGUCGGUCAAAACCCCCGCCCGCACGUUGCCGCAGACCAUCUCUACUCGCAACAGCAACAAAACCCACAACCAUCGCACCCCCACCACCACUCGCAGCAGCAGCAGCAGCGUCAACAGCAGCACCAAGAACAACAACAGACCGCCCCGCAAAACCAACAGUCGGACCGCGGUGUUCAAGCCGCUGCCGCCGCAGCUGCUGCCGCCGCCGCUGUUGCCGCCGCUCACGCACAGCAACAAGCACACCAAGCCAUGCUUCCAACCGACAAUGCCGCCGCCGCCGCCGCCGCUGCACACCAGCAGCAAUCGCAUCUUGUCGCCCAACAGCAGCAAAACCCGGCCGCCGCCGCCGCUGCCGCUGCCAUUCGUGCCUCCACGGGCUCGUUUAAUCCCUCCCAGCUGACAGAUCAAGCCACCCCCAACGUCCCUCAUUUUGGAUUUGAUGACGUCGGAAGACGUCGCCAAAUGCCGCAAGGCACUGCCCAUCAGAAUUCCGUUAUGCUCACCUUUUCGGACAAUUACAUGCAACAGCAGCAGCAACAGCAAGCCCAGCAACAGCAACAGGCUCGCCAGCAACAACAGUCCCAGCAGCAACCGCAGCAACAGGCUCAAGCAUCUCAACAGCAGCAGCAGGACGUCAUCACGGAUGGACGCCCAAGGCAGCCUGCCGGUAUGUCGGAGCCGCUCGCUCAGCAGCAACGCGACUUCCAAUCUCGGUUUGAAGGUGAUGCCAACCCCAUGGUGCAACAGACUAUGACCUACGAUAUCAAGGACGACAAUAUGGACAGCAAGAGGAUGAUUACUUCCAAUGCUGCAGCCGCUGCCAAUGCUACAGCAGAAGCAGUUCUCGCAAAUUCCCAGGUCGUCGACCAGACUGCUGUGAGUCGUGUAGCCGCAGCCGCCGUUGGGGUGACAGGGGCUGCCCCACUCUCACAAGGCAUGGUUGCAGGUCGAGCCGCCGCACGCAUCGGACCCGACGGUCGCGCAAUAGCCGCCGCGGCACCCUUUUUACAUGGAACUGUUGAAAAGAGAGUUGCCUGCGAGAGCUGCGGCCUUUUGUUUGGAGAUGUCGGUUCACUAAAGCGUCAUGCUGCUCGUUCUCAUCGCGCUGCAACGGGCAAAGGACCCGUCUAUUGCUCGCAAUGCAACGCUUCGUUGAAGAAUGAGCAAAACUUGAGAAGACAUAUCGCUGUGUGCCACUCGGGAGACCAAGAACAUCGCUGUGAAAGUUGCACAGCUUCGUUCAGCUCGAGAGGCUCACUACGAAUUCACCAACAACAGGUCCACGCGCUUCCCUCGGCAUCAGCCAAGGCAGCAAGAGGUCGCGGUCGUGGUGGCGCGGCCGGUGGCCGAGGCGGGAGCCGCGCUCGAGGAGGCAUCUCAAAGUCAGCCAAGUCGGACAAAUCGUAUGUUUGCGACAUGUGCACUGACACAUUCAAGUGGAAGGGAAAUCUCAAGAGGCAUAGAGAGCUUCGUCACUUGCAUUUGCGUCCUUUUGUAUGUCGUAUUUGUAAUGCAAACUUUGGUACGAAGAGUAAUAUGAGAGUUCACUUGAUCACUCAUAGUAACGGAACCCAAGCACAAAAGUAG